GCGCCGCGCAUGCGCGGGGUGGGGCCGGCACCUGCCCCCCGGCGGCGGCGGCGGCACCGGGACGGGGCCAGGCCGGCUCCCGGCAGCUGGCCCGCUCCCUGGGCUCGCGGAUUCAGGUACGCGUUCCGUCUUCGGAUCGGGUUCCAGAGUGCGUGGGUAGGCAGGCCAGGCUGUCGGCUUCUUCCAAAUCAAGCGGCUGUUAUGCUGGAGGAAGGCAUUCCCUGGAGAGUCCCGGAGACAGAAGUGCUGUAUUUGUAGAGCAGGUACAGUACAGACAGCCGCAAAACAAACCUCUUCUUCUGUGUCGGGCGUUUACCUUCGCUCGUAGAAUGCCCCUGGGAGGGGGAGGACUGGUCGGCGCUUGGCCUCUUUCCUGCGGCUGCUGACUAAGGAGGCUGUGGUGCUGGGCUUGUUGCAAUGUGAACUUGCACCUGUGCCCUAGCAAAGCGGACUGCGAACAGCAUUGCCGAGAAGGAGCAGCAGAGAAGCCGGGUCUCUGUGCCCAGGAAACCUCUUCCGAGCUGUAGAGCUCAUGCACAGAAAACAAGCGCAGCUCCACUUCUAAGUGUGGAGACCUGCUGCUUCCAUUUCAGACCUGAUGGAAGAAUUGUGUGCCGGAAAACUUGCCUAAUUGCCAGCUCUACCGGGUGUUCUAUGUGCACCAGUCUCAGCGCUGCUGCUUAAUUUCUGACGGGGACCAGAACAACUGGGAGAGAUUCCUGGGGUGCGGAUUUACUUCUUUCAGCUCUGCUAAGUGCAUGUGGAGUCCAAGUCAGUCUUUCACUACAAGAGACAGGACCUCUAGGUCCUCAGCUUAGUGACUUCCUGCAGAAUUUGUGGUUCAAAUAGCUGUCUUGCACUGUUUCUGAACUCUGUAGAUUGCCUUGGUCGGGUGGCGCUCCGUCCUGCUGCAAUGAGUGGGAAGUCCUUGCUCUUAAAGGUCAUUCUGCUUGGGGAUGGUGGAGUUGGGAAAAGCUCCCUCAUGAACCGGUACGUCACCAACAAGUUUGACUCGCAGGCUUUCCACACGAUUGGUGUGGAGUUCUUAAACCGGGACCUGGAGGUGGAUGGGCGUUUUGUGACCCUCCAGAUUUGGGACACUGCGGGACAGGAGAGAUUCAAGAGCCUGCGAACCCCCUUUUACAGGGGAGCCGACUGCUGCCUGCUGACCUUCAGCGUGGACGACCGGCAGAGCUUUGAGAACCUCAGUAACUGGCAGAAGGAGUUCGUCUAUUACGCUGACGUGAAGGACCCCGAACACUUCCCCUUCGUGGUUCUGGGCAACAAGAUCGACAAACUUGAAAGACAGGUGAGCACGGAGGAGGCGCAGGCCUGGUGCAUGGAGAACGGUAACUACCCCUACCUGGAGACCAGUGCCAAGGAUGACACCAACGUGGCGGUGGCCUUCGAGGAGGCCGUGCGGCAGGUGCUGGCGGUGGAGGAGCAGCUAGAGCACUGCAUGCUGGGCCACACCAUUGACCUGCACUCCAGCUCCAAGUCGGGGUCCUCCUGCUGUUAAGAGAGGCUGCCGCUUCGGGAGCGUCGCUUGGGCCGGCGGCUGGAUCGGAAUAAGUGCGGGCAGCUCUGGGGCACUCUGAGGCGGGCGGCCACAAGGACGAUAGGUGGUUUGCUCACUGGGCAGUUUGCAGCCUUACCGCCUGAAUUCUGGCUGGAGUUCCCGGGCGCAAAGGAUGUGUCUACGGGAGGGAGCUGUCAGAGAGCAUGCGAAUGUAGUCCUGCUUCCAUCUCUGCCUGUUUUAGCAGGUUUAAAGGACUGGGUUAAACUAAAGACAGUGAAUUUUGAUCUGUACCGAGAACUGCCUGCAGAACAAAGCCGAGGGCGCUCCAGACACUCUUUGAAGUGUUUUAGCCCUGAACUCAAAAAAUACUAGACCCACUAAACUCAUGACCUUACUGCCAAAGGAAAGUCUGCUCAGCGUACUGAGUGAAACCUCUUGGGGAGGCUGUAGCCCACACAACUGUGAGAAUGCCAGGUACUAGAGUGGUGAGAGGUGUGUAUCUGUUCCUUGGGAUCAAGGCAUUCUGUCCUGAGACUGAAUUGUACUAAGAAUUGUGAGAACUCUGUUACGAAACAACGUACAAAGGACAGAAGAAACCGAAUGCUGCAGCAUCACUUCUUCGUAGCUGCCUGUUUCUGGUCUGUUUUUCCCCACCUUUAACUUUGUCUUGUGUGGGUGUUGUUUUGUGGAGAGACUGGCUGCUGCUUGUUUAAUAUAUGUUUCCUUGUCUCUUCUGGAGGCUCAACACCAGAUCUUGCUCCUCAUAUCUUGAAUAGCCCUGGAUGAAAAAUACCGAUGUGGAUACUCUCCAGGUCAUGUCAAAGGGUUUAGAGUUACUCGGGAGUUCAGGAGACCUGGAGCAUGAGUCGUCAGCUGGUUUCUGCCAGAAGUGACCGCUGCGUCCAGACGAUGUGCUCUGGCAGACUGGAUGGAAGGUGUGGGGGAUGUCUCCUCAGAGUGCAGCUGGCCGGCUCAUGCGUGGUCAGCUGUUAAAUCCGCUCGUUCUGUGCGUGGGGCCGGUGACCACCGUGCUUUGUUAGCUGGUGGGUCAGCAUCUUCGGUUGCUUUAACAUAGAUGUUCCUAUUUAGAUGCUGCAACGGUAUUACCUGUUCUGUCAGGGACAGUGCUGCUCAGCGCAGUGAGCUCACGCCAUUGCCCUGGCCCUUGCUCCCUACAGGAGAAUCAAAUACAUUUUGUCUGUAACUCAACUGACAUACUACUGGUAGCGAAUGUCUGCUCAGUUAAUUGGCCCUUGUUAAUGGCAGCUGUGUUCAGUCCACUGCAGAGAGGUCUGGGCUGAUUCCACUUCUGGUCAAGGUGGCUGAAAAACAUGGGGGGGCAGGAAGCCUUCUAGGAAAGGAUGCCAGGCUUUGCUAAUCCCAGCUCCUGCUCCCUGCUAGUGUUAGUCCCGAGCUAUUUGUGUGUAGCAGAGAGGUCAGCGCUUGCUGGCUGCUGUCUUUGCCAUUGUAACCUCAUCUCCUGCAACUUCCCGUGCAAGUGUUUGUUCAGAACUAUGACUUUGCCUGUAAGCACGUAGGAGCCUGUCACGGGAAGAGCUUUCCUGAGUGUGUAUCCGCUAGCUGCUGAAUGCAGUUCCCACUGUGAUGAGCUACUGGAUAGCAAAUCGCGUAGCUCACGUAGAGCAGCCUCAUAUACUCUGCUUUAGAGCAGGAGAGUCUCCGCUCUCACACUGGCUGGUGGCAGCUAAUCCCCGUCCCCUAGCAGUCUCUGAACUUGCAGGGUGUCUCCUCUGGGAACUCAGGGUGAUCCUGCCCUUCUCACAGGGCAGCCACACGUGGAAGGGGCUGAAGCUUUAACACAAAGUGCUUUGGGGUCAUCUGAUUUCUAAACAGGGCUGAACGCUCACAUUCACAGGAAUGGAUAGGGAGUGCUUGCAGCCUCUGGAAAAUCAGGUCCCUUGAAGUGUAAGAGAAGGCUCUGCCUCUGUAGGUGCAACAUAUUUUUACAGGAUUUUAAAAUUAAUAUUACUAUUUAUUUAACAAUGUCUGACCUCCACCUACCUUUAGAUUUUUCUUCAGUUCAACACAGCUUAACAUUUCCUUCAAGAUCCCAAACUGUGACCUGUGGUUCUGCUCCGAACAGACACGUUCCACGGGAGCUCAUUCCCACAGAGGCCAUCUGGGCUCAGGCUCCUGUUUGCUGUCCAGCCUGGCACGGGGGCUGCAGAGGAAGCUCCCUGCGGGUGAAACUGCCUCUGUCCCAGCACGGAUCUUGUGAUCUCUGUGAGGACUGUACCUCUGGUGGGCGAGGGCAGGGACUGAGCAGCCUGUGGUGCAGGAGGAAUACACGCACAGCACAGCGUGCUGUUUGCCGUGCCUCGGGGGCGUGUUGAUGCUCCUGGCUGAAGCUCGAGAGCCUCAUGGUUCACAGGCUGUGCAAACAGUGUGCGUUCCUUGGAGGGUGCUGCACGGCAUCUUUUAUUUCUAACAGAUGUUGGAUUGCCUUUUUAAAACAAAAAUAUUUUAUUAGGCUUAUGUGUUUUUAAAAAUCCAUUUAAAAGUAUAGUAUAUUUAAAUUGUUUAAUUUAUUCUAAAUGAUACGCACAAUUUCCGAAGGAGCCACGAUCUUGAACUCUUUGUUGCAAAGUUCAGUGCCAACAGCUGUCCCCUCCCUGUGUCCACUCAUGCUGCUGCAGUUGUUGCUAUCGCUACGGAACUGGAAUUGUAAAACUGAGAUUCUACCUUUAUUUAAGCAAAUAAAACAUGGAUGUACUCGA